AUGGCUGAUGUUUACGGGAGGUCCCGAGGGCUGGCGGACCUCAAUAGAGAAGUCGAAGGGGACCACAGAAAGAUGGAAGCCCGAAAUACGAAGGAUUACUGGAAUUUCCUGGCCAUCUUGCCGCUGGAGAUCCAAGGCUGGGUGAAGGGGGGUCAUCCUCAGACUUGCGACCAGGCGGUAGCGCUGGCGGAAGAUUUCCUGCGGAGACGUCAAGAGGCUGGGCAGCUGGAACAGGAAGAGCCAAAACCAACCCAGGAGGUGGCUGUGAAUAUCCCAUUCCCUACCAGUGAGAGCCCUUCAAGUACCACUGGAGAGAAGCGGUUUUGCGUCACGGCCAAGAAGGAGGGUGAUGGGGAGGCCAGCACUGAAGAAGAAAGCGGGGACCUGAACCAAACCAGAGUGGUAAAGAGGAGGCGGAGAAGCCGAGGGGCAAAGGUCUGCACCAUAUGUGGGAGAAGCUUCAGCCGGACCACCAUUCUCAUUGCACACCAGAGAACACACACUGGGGAAAAACCCUUCAUGUGCAAAGAUUGUGGGAAAUGCUUCAGCUUGAAGUCUACCCUGGUGGCGCACGAAAGGACCCACACGGGGGAGAGGCCCUACACAUGCUCACAGUGUGGGAAGAGCUUCACGGUGAGCUCAGACCUGACCCGACACUACAGGAUUCAUAUCGGAGAGAAGCCGUUCAACUGCUCGGAGUGUGACAAAAGCUUCGGCCGGAAAACGCAGCUCCUCAGCCAUCGCAAAGUGCACACGCGAGAGAAGCCGUACAAAUGCUCGCAGUGCGGGGAGGGCUUCAGCCGCAACUCCAGCCUCAUGAUCCACGAAGGGUCCCACACGGGAGAGAAGCCGUUCAAAUGUCCGGACUGCGACAAAUCCUUCAACACUUCCUCUCAGCUGGUGAAGCACCACCGCGUGCACACGGGGGAGAGACCGUACACCUGCUCGGAAUGCGGGAAGAGCUUCAGCCAGAGGCAAAUCCUGAUGGUGCACCAGCGAAUCCACACGGGGGAGAAGCCCUUCAAAUGCGCCACCUGUGGGAAAUGCUUCUGUGACCGUGCUGUCCUCAUUAGGCAUCAGAACGUCCACACGGGGGAGAGGCCGCACCAGUGCACAACCUGCGGGAAAAGCUUUUCGCACCGCGCUGUCCUUGUUCGGCACCAGAAAAUUCACACAAGAUAA